GCUGUAAAGUGUGGCAGCUGGGCCAGGGAUGUAUUUUGCAAAGAAACUGGUUAUUUUGUCUGGGUGAAAUAAAACGUGGGGUGGUUACACAGAUAAUAGGUCACAUUCAGAUGCCUAAGAAACACAUGGAACUGUUGUCCAAGGGACCUCUGUCACAAAUCAAGGCAGAGAGUGGGACACAUGGGAAGGCCCAUAAGCAAGAAGGGUCUAGAGGAAUGGCUGAAGAACGACCACGUUGCAGUUCCGCUGCCCAUCUAUGUGAUGCUGAAGCGAUCAGUGAUAUGGAGAGCCGACACUUGGGAGCACUGGCCAUGGGCAGCUAUUCCAAACCCUGCAGUUCCAGUGAGGACAGUUUCGAGUUUCAAAGUGGCCCUGGGUCAGAAGCUAAAAGCUUUGCUAAAAGCAAAAAUAAGGAUGAAGGCUAUCAAUCACAUCGAUUCAAAUGCAACCAGAAGUGGGGUGAAAAAAUCCAUCAUCUGGAGCACUCUUCACUCUACCCGGGGAAAGCAGGAGACACCAGCCAGAAGCAUCAGCAGAGGAAGAAGUUGCAUAACCGGAGCAGUUCAUCCACCUCUGAUUUGAGCAUCCUGAGCCAAGGUUCCUCAAGCUCCUUGUCUGUUGUGGAAGAGAAAAUUGAAGCCAAACUCAAGUUCUCACAAUUCCUGAAUGAAGUUACCUUCCGGGUCCUCGACCCUACAAGUGUGAAAGCCUUUCGAGCAGCUAAACUGAAGAGUAGCCUUGGCUCUGCAGGGAGAAGCCUUGAUGAUUUACGUCUACGGAAGAAGAGCUCUGAGGGCUGGAAGGGUGAGAAUCUGGCCCAGAAAUCACAGAGAGAGACAGACCUGGAGAGUUUGAGAAGUGAUGAUGUUGUGUCUGGAGCACGGAUGCGGAAGCUGGAGAAAUCUUUGUCCUUGGAUGCCGGGCCUUCUUUUGGGAGAUACAGAAACGGGAUUCCAGGUCAAGCCUCUGCGGCAGAGAUGGAGAAAAUAAGGGUGCGAAAUUCCUGGGUGCCAGCUUGCCUAUGGCAACCUAGAAUACUCCAAGGCAGGCUCACAAAAUCUUCACCUAACCUCUGGGACAGCACGCUGCAAGAACAGAAGGGGGAACUUCGCAAGCGGCUCUCCUACACAACUCACAAACUGGAAAUGCUUGAAACAGAAUUUGAUUCUACACGCCAGUAUCUUGAAGUAGAACUCAGACGUGCUCAGGAAGAACUCGAAAAAGUGACAGAAAAGCUGAGACGGAUACAAAACAAUUACCUAGCCUUACAAAGAAUUAAUCAAGACCUAGAAGACAAACUGUACAGGAUGGGUCAACAUUACGAAGAAGAAAAAAGAGCUUUAAGCCACGAAAUAAUAGCCCUCAAUAACCAUUUGAUAGAAGCCAAGGUGACAAUUGAUAAAUUGUCAGAAGAUAAUGAACUCUAUAGAAAGGAUUGCAAUUUAGCUGCACAUCUGCUCCAGUGUAGCAAGAAUUACGACAGAGCACAUAAGCUUUCAGAGGAACCCCUAGCAACCAGAUCUUCAUCAUCUGAAUUGCCUCCCCCUUUGUCCUCCUCACUGUUGCCAUCCGAAUUUCAGGAACGUGUCAGCAUCCACCUAGAAAAGCACGGAUGCAGCCUCUCAGUACCUCUGUGUCAUACAUCAUUUGCUGACAACAUACCAACUUGCGUCAUUGCUAAAGUCUUAGAAAAGCCUGACCCAAAUAGUCUUUCUUCACACUUGUCAGGUUCAUCAACCAGAGAUCUUGCCUUCCAGGACUCUUCUGGGAAGCUUAGCCAAAGACCCCAGUACAAGUCUGACAUCUAUUGUAGUGACACAGCUCUUUACUGCCCAGAUGAAAGAAGAAGGGAAAGGAGACAGAGUGUCGACAUGCAAGUGAAAGACGUUGGGUUCUUGAGGUCCCAGAAUUCCACUGACAGCACGGUGGAAGAAGAUGGCUUCCACUCCAGCUUUUCCCAUGAAGCUUUUCCAGAAUACGUUACCUCUCUCCCUACUUCAAGCUCCUACUCCAGCUUCAGUGUGACAUCUGAGGAGAAGGAGAAUGCCCAAGCUAGUACGCUGACAGCCUCCCAGCAAGCAAUCUAUCUGAGCAGUCGAGAUGAGAUGUUUGAACGAAAGCCAUCUCCAGGUUAUGACCACCAGGGGAGCCCAAGGUUUGCCAAGUCUAAAUCCAUUCAGCACAUGGAAUUGGCUGACGAGGAGAAUUCCCCCACCUUCACUAGGACUAUGUCACCUUAUGCAAGCGAGCCUUAUCAUUUCUCGGCCAUAACCGCCCAACAAGCUUUAGCUUCGCAGAAAAUGCGCAGCGAGUGCAGGAAUACCCAUCUGUCAGAAGAGGACCUCCCAGGACGGUGGAGGCAGCUGAGCGUUGAGGAUAUUGGUGCAUAUUCUUAUAGAAACAGUGGCAGGCUUUCGCCCUGCAGCUUUUCGGAGCAGUAUUAUAGAAGUCCCAUAAAGAAAGCGGACAGCCGGUCAAGUCCUAUUUAUGCUAGUUACAAAGGUGAUAGUUUCUCAGAGGGAGACGAUAUCUGUCAAAGCAGACUCGUAGAGUCUUGCUUCCUGACAACAGACAGUGGUCUGAAUAUUGACAUUAGCGCCAGCUGUAAGCAAGACAAACUGUCUUCCUACAAAACAAAAGAACUAAGAGACAAAAAGAAUGAAAGAAUCACAGUUCAGGUGUGCAGUAGCAAAAGUAUUGAUGGUAGCCCGGUGUUGAAAAGAGAAUAUGUGGAUGUAAGUCCAAACAGCUCAGCCGAGUCCCUCAACCAGAGUUCUAUGGAGGCUUCAGAGAUCCACCAGUCUUCCAUUGAACAAGGAAGCCAUUCAAGCCUUCGUAGCAAACAGCAACAAUUUCAGCGGACUGGGAGCACAGGCUUGAGUCGGAAAGACAGCCUCACAAAAGCACAAUUGUACGGAACCCUCCUCAAUUAAACAUCUUCCAAAGUUGCAAUAAGGAGACAAAGCAACAGUGAGGACUUUGAUUACUUCUAGCAUACAGUAGGCUUCUAGCGGGGGGAGAGAAUGGUUAUAAAAUAUAUAUUCAUAUUCACAAUGGUACUGUUUUAAGGGGAGAAAUAUUAUAAACCCAAAUCUGAUGAAACAAAACAAAAAAAACAUUACAUGGCACUUUUCACACGAUGACUUUUCCAUCUUGGAUACCAACCCUUUGCCCACUUUUAUAACCUGAGAUAUUUUUAUAAACAAAAUAGUAUUUAUUAGACUGUCCUUAGUACUCUCAAGCGCUUUGAGUGACACAUUUUGUCCCCCUCAAGUAGGUUUCUUAUUUAUUUUUUUGUGCAUGAGGCCACAUGUGCCUAAACUCUUGGAAGGAAAAGAGUUUCAAAGAAAGAGAGAAAAAGAAUCCCUAUCAUGAGGACCAUUCAAAUCCCUAAAAGAGUCAUUUAAAAUGUGGGUUGUGUGCAAGAUGUCCAAGAAUAGGGAAGUUAUAUAUAAAAAAAGUCUAUUUUUGAAGGAAGUAGAAAUGAAAUGGCCCACUAAUGUAUUUAAUACAAAUAUACUUCAAAGAAAAAACUACAUGGGCGGGGACACAAAUGCACAAAAUGAUAUGGAUAUUUUGGUUUGUCUGUCCCAUUGUGUUUCAACUUCCCCAUCCUGUACACUACCUCAAAAUUAAUUGAGGGUUUCUUUGUCACUUAUUUUUCUCUAGGCUUGCAUUUAUAUUGUCUCAAAUGCAUGGAGUGUCAUAACUAGUACUGUAUUUUGCAUUACUUAAUAAAAGACACCAGUGGAA